GUGUUUUUACAGUAUCUUUCGGAUUACCAUGUCUUCUUCGAUCCUAGUGCUGCUGGUGGUGGUGCUUGCUGAAUUUUCUCAGUCCAUCAGGACUGAUUCCCUGAUAACAAGCUCUUCUUCAAUUGCAGAUAGUUUGAAGUCUGAUAACUUAAAUCGAACCGUGCCUCAAAAUGAACAUGAACUAAGUGACAUCUUUAAGGGCUCCAGCUCUCAGGAUGCAGAUAUCUUAAGGAAUAAGGCAACUGAAAGCUUGAGUUCUUUGAAAAAUAAAGCCGAGAACACAGUGACGAGAUUUGAUGAUUCUAACAGUCUUAGCUUGCGACAGAAAGCGAGUUCGUAUCAGGACCAGCUUCUCAAUCAGCUGCAGGAUCAGCUGAAGCAGUUCGCUAUUGGUCUGCCCCUGGACUUGGCCUUCUCCACCUUGAACUAUAUAUGCAGCACCAUCGUGGAUCUCGGAGUGCUGAGGUCCAAACUAAUACCGGAUAUGUCGCGCAUGAGUUUUCUGCUUCAAUCGCCUAAUGGUUGUCAGAAUACCAGUAUUCCACUGACGCAAGCGGAGCGCUUAUGGAAUACUACCGGAUUUAACCAGGAUCGACCCACUGUCUUGUUCAUCACCGGCUGGAAAACGAGCAUUAACAGCUCUAAUAGUGGCCCCGUGACCAAAGCCUAUCAUUGUCGCAAUGAUACCAACAUUUUGGUUCUAGAUGCUGCUAACUUUAUAGACACCCUGUACACAUGGUCGGCCCUGAACACAGAGGCUAUUGGAGCUUAUCUGGCCAAGUCGCUCCUCCAGCUGAAUACAAGCUAUGUGAGCAAACAGUUCCAUUUGGUGGGUCACAGCUUGGGCGCCCAGAUAGCCGGCUCAACGGGCAGAAACUAUCGGCAAAUGUCUGGGGGAAAAAUCCUGCAACGAAUCACCGGACUGGAUCCAGCUAAUCCAUGUUUUUAUGACGGCAACGAUCUGGAGGGUCUGCGGAGUGGCGACGCUCGAUUUGUGGACAUUAUCCACACGAAUACCGGCAUACUGGGCACAUCGAAGCGGGCCGGAGAUGCGGACUUCUUUGUCCAGGGACGGAUUCCCUUCAAGUCGGGUUGUGAGAACCUCGACGCGAUUAGCUGUUCGCACCAGAGAGCUGUGGAUUACUGGACGGAAACGGUGUAUCCGUCGAAUGAGAAAGACUUUCUGGCCAAGCGCUGUAAACGCUAUUCUGAACUCCUGCUCGGAAACUAUUGCCAGGACACGAGUAUUGUGAUGGGCUAUGCCGCCAGCUACACGGAUCUGGGUCUUUUUUACGUGGGCGCCAAUCGAGCGGAGCCCUAUGGCCAAAAUGCCGAUCUGCAGAACUACACCAACUCCACAGCAAAGUGUGGAGCUUGUGUGUGAAUAUAUAUAAAUUUAAGUUAUUAAAAAGAAACGCAAUAAAAUUGUAAUGUGCAGCAAA